AUGUCUGCCCCUCGCACUCUCAUCACACGUACUGCUCGUGCUUCGCUCCGUUCUGCACCUCGUUCGCAGACUCGAGGGGCUCGAUUCGAGUCGAUGCGAGCGGAUAUUACUCACACAGCCAAUCCUAGUCCUGUUUCAAUCACUCACAUUGCUUCUGGACUAGCUGGCGGAGGAGCUGUUCUCCUCGGUGGCUACGUGUGGUACCAAUUCUCAGGCGUCAAGACUGCAGUCGAUGCUUCUCACAGGAUUUCCAAUACUCUCAAUAGCGCCAAGACUCAAAUCAAGGAUUCUCUUCCUCCUCCAAACGAGGCGCUCUCCUAUCUUCGUUCCGUAGCCAAGUCCUACGCGGUUUUUAUCCCUGGCGGCUCUCAAUCUGUGGACUCGAUAUUCGAUUCGAUCGAUGAACUACACAAUAGCCAUCGCGACGAGAUUGACUCGAUUAUUUCCGGCGCAUACAAUGACAUCAAGAAGAUCACCAACGAGCGCAAGUCAAUGAAUGUGGAUAGCGUGAUGGCCAUUCUUGGAGUUGUCCAGAAGCGUGUUGGGGAGCUCGGAAAGGUUGCCGGAGAGCUUUCUUCCGACGCCGUUACCCCUAUUCUCGAGCGUCACCCCAAGUUGCGCGAGGCACUUGGCGGAAACUGGGAAGAGUUCAAGGAUUUCGCCAAGCAGCAUGGUCCCGAAGCAAAGAAGCUAUACGACGAUACGGCAAACAAGAUUAUCGAUACCGUAAAGUCUAACGGCGUUACUGCCACUUCAGUCGCUACUAUCAUCCAAAUCGUACGCGAGAAGUCGGAUGAGGCGAAGCGCGUUGCUGAAAAGACGGGCCGGGAUGCUUGGGAGCGGGCGAGGAAGCAGGCCGGACCGGCUCUGGACAAGAUGCCGGACAUUAGGAAGCUACUCGACGAGAAUUCGUCUACUCUCAUGAGCGUCGGGGGUGGCGUUGCUGCGAUAAGCGGAAGUAACUCUCGCGAGAUUUGGGACCGCAUCAAGCAAGUGGCAGAUACCAAGGGUAACAUUAGUGAGGACAAGCUCAAUGAACUCAAGAAGUUCAUCUUGGAGAAAGUUGAUGCGGCCAAGAGCGGGAAGGGCGGCUUGAAGGACAUGGCAGAUAAGUUCUCGGGCGGAGGAUUUGAGAGUAUGGUAAAGAUGAUUCCUGGGGGCGAGCAGGCGCUUGACUCAACUCCUGACCUACGAGAGUUAUUCAAGAUCGCUCAAUCUCGUAGCGACGAUGCUCAAAAAUUGACCCGGGAGACAUACGAUGAUGUCUUGAAGGUUCUGAAAGAAAAGGCUGAGAAGGCUAAACGUCUGGCCAAUGAGUCUCAUUAA